UAUUCCAUUGUCAUCGGCCUCCUGGUCAUCGUUGCGUUGAGCGCAGCGGCCUGGUUUCUGUCUCCCAAGGGCGAGAACCAAGUGUUAUGGCGGUCCUCUCUGAUCCUGGCCAUCGUCAGCUGCUAUCUCAUGUGGCUAAUUACUUUCCUCGCCCAACUGCAUCCGCUCAUCGCCCCGAGACGAAGCAAUCUACGAGAGGAGUUCGUGGGGCACAGCAUCUAG